UCUCAGGCCGGGGCGGGGACCUGGUUGCCUGCCGGCGGGCGGAGCUCCGUGUCCUUGCGUUACCGCAGACCGGCGGAGCUCGGCGACCAUGGGUUCCCGCUUGUGGCCCCUGCUCGGAUUUUGCAUUAAGGCUGGCUUGGCAGGUGGGUCCGUAUACUUCGUUUACGAUCAGGGGCUGCUGGGGUCCAGUCACGAGGGUCAGGCUGCCCUACGAAGGGCACAGGAGAAAAUCCCAGCUGCCUUCAACCACUACUCAGAGAUACUCGCGAAGCUCUUGGGCAUCCAGUUGGAGGUCCCAGCCGUUCCACAUGUCAAGUUUAACUUCCGAGACAGCUGGAAUUCAGGCAUCAACAGCUUGAUGAGUUCACUGUCCACCGCCCCCUCAACCAUCCAGGCGUACGGUUAUGAAGGCUGGAACUAUCUGAAGGGCCAGAAGUGAAGCUCCGAGCCCUGGGGCCGGUGUCGGGGUGAUGGUGGUGAAGAGGGCUUGGGUUUGAGGAGCUGUGGGAUGACAUUGUCCCUGUGAGCGCAGCUUGUCACCAGGCCCUGCCCAAAUAAAGGACUUGAGAACGCUUUCUCA